UGAACCAUCAGUGGGUGUUUAUUACAACUGUUCCUUGUUGUUAUCAAGGCCAGUCAACAAGGUACUACCGAAAACGUUUGUCGUCAUGUGAACACAUUCAGUGUAGCACCAGCAUGUGGACGAGCAGGGCUUUAACUUUUAUAACGAUAGGAGUAGUGUUUUCGGUGGCCACUUCUGAAGUGGAACAAGCACCGCUAGAUCUCCUCCAUACUGUCAACGAUUUGGUCACAUAUGUCCGAGAUAUGGAAAACAAACUCGAUGACGAUUUACUCGAUAUUACACAUCGUGUUGAAGAAUUGGAGAAUUUACGUGAAAUGGACGCUCAUAAUUUUUCCGAAAGUAUUUUAAAACUGAAAAACUUACACGAGAUCGAUGAACAGAGUGUCAGACAGUUAACUAGUGAAAUAACGUCAGUUAUCGCAGAAAACAAGCAUCUCAAUGCAGAUUUGAAUGACUGGAAACACUCUCUUUCGGAAAAGCCAAGAUCACCGGAUAAACUCCGAAUUCCUCCGAGGUCGGUCUCGCACGAGAUGACACGCUCGGGAUCAUCUCCAGGUACCAUUGCUUUCUACGCAAUACUUACGCGACAACUGAUGGAUCCUGGGGUACACCAAAAAAUCAUUUUUGACAAGAUCGUCACUAAUGUGAAUGCCCAGAUAAGUCCCUAUUCCGGUGUGUUCACGUGCAUGCAAUCCGGAGUUCACGUGUUCUCCUGGCAGACGCUGCUGACGGAUACCCACUACGUCGUUACGGAGCUUGUACGGAACGGGGCCAACGUUGGAUCGGAAGAAAUUGGUAACUCCGGAACUCCUGUAUCCGGGUCCUCUACUGCUGUUGUAGACCUGUCGGCGAUGGAUGAAGUCUGGGUCAGAGUCGCUGCGCAUUCCGUUGGCGCGGACAUCCAGCCUCAUCUUACUACUUUGUCCGGCUUCAGACUUCCUUAACCCGAGCGAAUAAAAAGAAAUGUGUAUCCAUCAUCA